AUGGUGAAUGAGAUACAGUGCUGUACUCAAAAUGGCACCCGAAAUGCUUAUGACAUAGGAAAAGGCGGAAUUUCACGUGCUUUAAAUUCAAAUACAUCAGUUUUUUUGAAAAUCGACAUGUGUAAUCGAUUGUUUAAUCAUUCAUCAAUGCCUGAACGGCAAUUAGGUAAAAAUGGUCCAAAAGUAUCAGCUAUUGGUUAUGGAGCAAUGGGUUUAUCAAUAGCAUAUGGAACUGUCGGAUCCGAUGAAGAACGAUUCAAAGUCUUGGAUCGUGCUAUUGAACUUGGUAGUACUUAUUUUGAUAGUUCCGAUAUAUAUGGUGAUAAUGAAGAUUUAUUAGGAAAAUAUUUUAAGAAAUAUCCACAACAACGUAAAAAGAUUUUUCUUGCAACAAAGUUUGCCGGUGUAUUCUUACCUGAAACACAAACUUACUCAGUUCGUGGCGAUGCACAAUACGUUCAUGAAGCAUGUGAAAAGAGUUUAAAAAGACUCGGUAUUGAUUCAAUCGAUCUUUAUUAUGUUCAUCGUAUUGACAAAACUGUACCAAUUGAAGAAACAAUGGAUGCUUUAAAAGAACUUGUUAAAGCUGGUAAAGUAAAAUAUAUUGGUUUAUCUGAAUGUUCAAGUAAUACAUUACGACGAGCAUGUGCUGUUCAUCCAGUUGCUUGUAUACAAAUUGAAUAUUCACCAUUCAGUUUAGAUAUUGAAAGAGAUGAUAUUGGACUUUUAAAAACAUGUAGAGAACUUGGUGUAGCUAUUGUAUGUUAUUCUCCACUUGGUCG